CAAUCCCAUACCAUGAUUAGAUAGAGAAAAAACACACCAAUCUCUUUCAGAAAUGCUUUGAACAAUAAAAGCUAAUUUACUAACAUUUCUGAAAAGUGAUAUAUAGUGUUUUGGAAUGAAACUCUUCUGUUUCCCCAUCUGAGCUCAGAGAAGAUGAGAGAUGUAAUGUUUGUCUCUGUUGUGUUGAAGACCAAUCAAGCAGGAGAGACCAGCCACCCCUGUUCCCAGCUGUGUGUCCAUGAAGAGUGACUGGUCUAUGGAUCAACCUAUAGUGUUUAGAGAGGGAGACUUUUCUACUGAACAAAGAAACCAACAGGAGAGAUCAGAGUCAGAGAUUCUCAGUGGUCAGUCUUCCCAGAGUCAUCAAACAGACCUGGCCUCCAUAUUCAGUAUGCUUGAAGAUAAAAUUAUGACAUUUGUGAAGAACGAGCUGAAGAUGUUCAAGAGGAUUCUUGGUCCAGAACUCCCAGAAGGCUUUGAGAGUCAGAAGCAGGAUAAGGAAGUGGUGGACGCUGAAGAUGAGAAGCAGGAGAGCAGUGCCAGAGAGGGGGCUCUGAAGAUCACACUGCACAUCCUGAGGAAAAUGAACCAGAAGGAGCUUGCUGACACACUGGAGAAAUAUUCAGAUGAUCCUGCUGUGAUUUGCCAACGUGAACUCAAAUCUAAUCUAAAGAAGAAGUUUCAAUGUGUAUUUGAGGGGAUCGCUAAACAAGGAAACCCAACACUUCUCAAUAAGAUCUACACAGAGCUCUACAUCACAGAGGGUGGAACAGGAGAGGUCAAUAAUGAACAUGAGCUGAGACAGAUUGAGACAACAACCAGGAAACAAGCAAGACCAGAGACUGCAAUCAAAUGUAACGACAUCUUCAAACCCUUAACUGGACAAGACAAACCUAUCAGAACUGUGCUGACAAAGGGAGUCGCUGGCAUUGGAAAAACAGUCUCUGUGCAGAAGUUCAUUCUGGACUGGGCUGAAGGAAAAGCAAAUCAGGAUGUCCAAUUUGUAUUUUCAUUCCCUUUUCGGGAGCUGAAUUUGAUGAAAGGGGACAAACACACUUUCAUUGAACUUCUUAAUCACUUCUCAAUGGAAACUAAACAAUCAGGAAUCUCCAACUACAACAAGUACAAAGUUCUGUUCAUCUUUGAUGGUCUGGAUGAGUGCCGACUGCCCCUAGACUUCCAGAAGAACAAGAUCUGUUGGGACGUCACAGAGUCAACCUCAGUGGAUGUUCUGCUGACAAAUCUCAUCAAGGGAAAUCUGCUCCCUCUGCUCUCCUCUGGAUAA